CUCGUGUGGAGGUGACGUCUGCAUGUACUUACUUCCGCAAUAUCUUUGAUCGGCGUAGAGGUGAAAGCGUUGGAGCGUAUGCUGAUCUGUCAUGUGAUUGUAAACAAUGUGGAAAAAAAAUGGUAUAUUACGUUAUCCUCAUGAAAGGUUACCCGCUUAGACCUUACGUGUGUUAGGAGAGAGAAUUUAGUUUGCGUAGCAACUCAAAGCUUAAUGUCGACCAUGGCUUCACAUUUGGCCGGUGGUAGGGUGAAUGUUGCUCAGGUUCAAGAAUUAGCCCGAAAACAGUUGGUACAGUUAUUGGAAAAGUGUCAGGGACGAAAGGUAAUAGUAUGGGAUGAAUCCUUAGCAGGUCCUGUAGGACUUAUAGCGACAUACAGUUUACUAAAAGAACACGAUGUUCCUGAAAUGUUCCCAUUACGAGCUGGUAAGCUGCCUUCAACUACACAAAAGGACAUUAAGAAUAUCAUCUUUAUAACAAGACCACAUCUACAUUUGAUGGACAAAGUUGCAGACAAUGUUUAUGGUGAAGAACAUAGCGGUGGCGACAGGAAGGAAUUCCACUUGUUUUUUGUUCCUCAGAAAAGCUUACUAUGUGAGAAAUGGUUAAAAAAUCGUGGUGUUUUUGGCAAUUUCACUUGGAUUGAAGAAUUUCCAUGCGACCUCUUCCCUUUUGACAAUGAUUUGAUGUCUAUGGAGUUGGAGUCUGCAUUCAAGGAGUACCAAGUUGAACAUGACCCUACAGUACUGUACCGUUGUGCGAGGGCACUGAUGACACUGCAGCAACUCUUUGGCCCUAUACCACGUGUUUCAGCCAAGGGUACAGCAGCUUGCCAGGUGUGGGACACUCUUCUAAGGUUACGUCGAGAACAGAUGCCAUCUGCUUCACGACUGAGGCGGCAACAGCAACAUGCAUCUUCACAGAUUGAUCAUUUGCUGCUCAUCGACCGUUCAAUAGAUCUGCUUUCUCCACUUGCGACACAACUUACGUAUGAGGGAUUGAUUGAUGAGAUAUUUGGGAUAACCAAUUGCACUGUGCAGCUGCCAGCUGAAAAAUUUGCUAAGCCUGAUGAUGGUCCCGGACUUGUUGGAGAAAAGAAAAAUAUUAUUCUUAAUUCUGCUGAAGAAUUGUUUGCAGAAAUCAGGGAUAAAAAUUUCAAUGCUGUGGGGCCAGCACUGAGUCGUAGAGCCAAACAAAUCUCAUCUCAAUUGGAAGAGUGUCAAAGUGACCGUUCUGUGCAAGAAAUGAAGCGCUUUGUAGCCAGACUUCCACAUAUGUUGGCUUCCAAGACUUCACUUGCUAAUCAUACAACUAUAGCAGAGCUCAUAAAAGAAGUAACAGAUUCAGAUAGUUUCCUGGAAUGCUUGCAAACAGAACAGGAAUUCAUGAAUGGCAUUGAUACAGAUAAAGUUCAUCCCUAUAUAGAGGAUUGUAUUGCUCAACAGGAGCCUCUUAUUAAGGUACUCAGGCUACUAUGCAUGCAGUCUGUCACCAACAGUGGUUUACGCCAGAAAGUCUUGGAGCAUUACAAAAGAGACAUUCUUCAAACCUAUGGUUUCCAGCACAUUCUGACACUUAGCAACCUUGAACAAGCAGGACUGUUACGUGUACAGCAAGGUCCAAGGCAAUAUGCUGUGUUGCGCAAGACACUCCAAUUAACAGUAGAUAAUGGCAGUGAAACAUCACCGACUGAUGUGAGCUAUGUGCAUAGCGUUUAUGCACCUCUGAGUGUUCGUCUUGCACAACAUCUUGUGAGACCAUCAGGUUGGCGAGCCAUUCAAGAUGUGUUGGCCCUACUUCCAGGACCUACGUUAGAGGAAGGCAAAGGUGGGCCUCAUGAAGGUUAUCCAAAAGUAGUUCUCGUAUUCUUCAUUGGCGGCUGCACUUUUGCUGAGAUAUCAGCACUACGGUUUCUUUCACAGCAAGAAGAUUCUAUGGUGGAGUUUGUUGUAGCAACCACAAAACUUAUAAAUGGAAACAGUUUCUUGAAAAGUUUGAUGGAACCUCUGGGUCCAGAAUCACCUCGAACUGCAAAAUAACAUCAGAAACAAUCCACGAUGUUGUUAUUUGCUACCUGUGGAAAUGAAUAUAUUUUUUUUUAAUUUGAUGGUAUUUCCUUACACACUAUCAACUAAAAUGUUGAAGUCUACAUAAAUAUUUGUAUGAUAAAAAAUAAAUUGUGUUUCAAAUGAGUAACAA